AUGUCAUACUCCGACUCUGAAGAUGAACAGUCUCUCGAGUCCCUCACUCAGAACCUCGCCCGCCAAAAGUACCAGUCCGCCGCCCUAAACGAUCCGGAGGCUACAAAGUGUUGUUGCGGCCGCGAGGACUGCUCUUUCACCAGGCGUGCCCAAGCCAUGCUUGCCUCAUUGGAGCAGGAUGUCCAGACUGCCGCUACAUUGGGUCAGGCUCUGUUGCGACGACACGAGAGCUCCAUGGCAGAGGCUCAACGAGAACGCGAGAAGAUGAACCAAGAGAUACGCAACAUGGAGAUAAAGGUCAAUGAUCUUGAGGACGAGAACUCACGCACUACGGACGAGAACAAGUUUCUGCUCAGCAAUUUGGAGGAUGUGAACAUUAGCAUGUGCCUGAGCGAGAGCCGGGUUCAGGAGCUCCAGGAAGAACUCGACGCUAUGCAUGAGGAACUCACACGGAUUUCUGCUACGGCUGCGCGAACCGAGGUUUUGGAGGCACAGUUGGCUGUUCUGGAGAGCGAGCAGGAGGAACUCAGGAAUACAGUCACCACCACGAGGGCCGAGGAACGGGCCGCUGUGGCACGGUGGAAGAAGGCACAGCGCACAUUGGAGGAACUGGAGCAGCAGGUGGAAAGGAUAGAGAUGGAGAAUAGGAUGGAGAAGGUUAGAUCCAAGAACCUGCUCGAAAGGUUGGAUCAAAAGAGAAUCGUGGAUCCAAAGACCGGGGUUUCUACAUUGACAGCACUCGCGGAUCGAACACAACUCAGUCGAUUCAUGAAGGAGAUCCUGGCGGAGAAUGGACACCUCCAGGUCGGGAUCACGGAGUUGAGGGAUAUGUUGCUGGCAUCACAGGAGGAGGUGAACAGAUUAAGGGAACAGCUACAAGAGAUAAACAUGCACAAGGUAGAGAUGGGCCCAUCCCCGCUGAGCCAGGAGCUAGGUAGAAGCCCUUCCAUGCAGACGAUCGUUCACCACCACCAUUACCACCCACCCCCGUCAACUGGAGGCAAGGGCGUCUCUAAACCCACGGUCCGGCGCGCGAAGAAGCGGAGAAGUCAUGCCAGCGGGGAGCACUUCCUUCCUCUGGAUGUAAACGGAGCCAGCCCACCCUCAACGUUUAGUCAAAGAGGAUCAAAGAGGUGGUCAUUGGGGUCGCGGGCUACUACUUCGUCGGUAUUAACAUCCCCAGCAUCGGAAUUCCGCGAGUCCUCAAUCUUCGACCACAACUUCAACGGUCCUGAAUCAUCGCGUCCUUCGAGCGCAGACUCCAAUUACCAAGCAGCUCUUAUUCCGGGACACAAGAAGCAAGCCUCGUCGUCGUCCUCAAAAUACGCCCGCAGAAGCGACAGUUCAUUCGGAAUACCGCCGUUUUCGAUCCUCCAUACUACCGAGGAAGUCCCGUCGGACCAUGACUACUCUGCGCCUUCAUCUCCAAUCAUCCCCGCGACGAAACUACGACGUGCGGCUUCUCACGAGUCGAUGCUAUCCAUCAUGGAUCUCAACCUAACCACGACAUCAUUCGCUGUCUCGCCAGCAAUUUCAUCAGGAAACUCGGAGACCUCCCAAGGAAAGCGCACCCCUUCGUUCGCGGCAUCUGUUACUCCAAACCCGGCGCAAGCAUUUGUCACACGAGGAAUGGUAACUCGUACACCCAGUACCGGAAACACCUCCUCGGCAUAUAGCCGUCUCCUCGGACUACAAGAAGGCACUAUCGCCGGAUCUAGCCCGCCUGCAAAUCCAAAAGCUACUCUUUCGCGAAAGAACUCUGCGAAAACCAGCCUGGGAGCAAGUUGGUUCUGGCGCUGGGGAGGCGGUGGUGGGGCUGCUGUAGCCCCGACCCCAGCAAUGGACGCAGCGCAGAAAGAUACAGUUACGGCUACCGCAAAUGAGGCUGCGACAACAUCAGCUAGCUCCGACUCUGGGCUUACGAGUUCUGGUGGGAGCGUUCGCAUUGGUGGCAAGACGGUUAUUAGCAAGCCAAGUGUGUUGACGGGAUACGUGGAUGAGGAUUUGUUGAGAGAUAGCCUGGGAGAGGUGCAACAGAUGCUCUCGAUGUAG